AUGUCGACAUUUGGUCAUAUUUUCCGUGUAACCACCUAUGGUGAAUCUCACUGUAGGUCCGUGGGAUGUAUAGUUGACGGUGUGCCUCCUGGUAUGUCCCUUACCGACAAAGAUAUUCAACCUCAGCUAUCAAGAAGAAGACCUGGUCAAUCAAAAUUGUCAACACCUAGAAAUGAGAAGGACAAGGUUGAAAUCCAAGCAGGUAUUGAAUUUAAUAAGACUUUGGGUACACCUAUUGCGAUGUUAAUUAGAAAUGAAGAUCAAAGGCCUCAUGAUUACUCAGACAUGGAUAACUAUCCAAGACCAUCUCAUGCUGAUUAUACGUACAUGGAGAAAUAUGGUCUCAAGGCAUCAUCAGGUGGUGGUCGUGCGUCUGCAAGAGAAACUAUUGGUCGUGUUGCAGCAGGUGCUAUUGCUGAGAAGUUUUUAUCACAGGUUUCCAACGUUGAGAUCGUUGGAUUUGUUUCACAGAUUGGAUCUGUUAAAAUGAACCGUGAUACUUUUGAUCCACAUUUCCACCACUUGCUCAACACCAUCACUAGAGAAAAAGUGGAUUCUGCAGGUUUUAUCAGAUGUCCUGAUGCGGCUAUCGCAGCUGAAAUGGUUAAAGAAAUUGAAAAAUAUAGAGGUCAAAAGGAUUCUAUCGGUGGUGUUGUUACUUGUGUGAUUAGAAAUUUACCUGCUGGUAUUGGUGAACCUUGUUUCGAUAAAGUGGAAGCAUUGUUAGCACAUGCAAUGUUAUCAAUUCCUGCAUCUAAAGGUUUUGAAAUUGGUUCUGGUUUUUCAGGUGUUUCCAAGCCAGGUUCUCAACAUAACGAUUUAUUUGUGUUCGAUGAGGAGACUCAAAAACUAAGAACAAAGACUAACAACUCCGGUGGUGUCCAAGGGGGUAUUACCAACGGUGAAAACGUCUAUUUCUCUGUGGCGUUCAAGUCUGUGGCUACUAUCGCUCAAGAACAAGAGACUGCUACUUAUGAUGGUAAAGCUGGUGUCUUAGCUGCCAAGGGUAGACAUGAUCCUGCAGUGACCCCAAGAGCUAUCCCAAUUGUAGAAUCUAUGGCAGCUUUAGUGCUAGCAGAUUCCUUGUUGAUCCAAAAAUCCAGAGAUUUUGCAAGAAGUGUAACUCAUUAA